UAAUAUUAUACUACCAUCCAACAUGCUUUGAAAGAUUAAAAAAUAACUUUAUAGGUGAUCACGUCACUAUAGACAUAUUUUUACGUUGAACCGGAUUUCUUCAACCCGAAAAUCAAAACUAUAAACGUGUUUGUGCCAAAAUGUUCAAUUACCCGGUGAGAUAAAAUGCAGUAUGUCUGUUAUGUUUUUGCCAAAAUCACUUUCGUUUAGCUACAAAUAACUGAAGAAUGCUCGCCAUUUAAAUACCCUGGCUGCAGUUCGUAGUCAAAUUAUAGACUUUCGAAUAAAAUGUACAGUGUAUCAGACUCUCGUCAUUAUACGAAAUGCGAGUUACAAGUGCGUUAACGAUGAGUUAUGGUCGUUGAAUCAUUCAAAUCGGUCCGAAGUGAUUUUAUGAAUAAAAACCACUCGAACUAAGAAAUCGUGUAUUUUUUCUUGGCUCCGUGUGUACUUCGUUUACGACCAGCGCCAGGAUCGAUCAACUGCUGAACUGUACUAUAAUGUCUGGAUGGUGGAAAAUAAUAUUCUAAACAUUGUGCCGUAGCUCGUGUCGAGGAGUAUGAUGAAUAAAAAAAAAUCCAUUUUAUGAGAUUUUAUAAUCGCUCGUGUGUUACGUAGGCGCCGGGCGCCGAGCGGAGUUUCGUAAGGUUUCGUGACGUUUGCGAAAAAAUAGAAACAUCAUAAACCACGUGGGUUCUCUUGCAUCGCCGGUGACGAUUUUGCGCGGAAUUUCUUGGCAGCCUGUUUCUAUUUAAAUACUUCAAUUCCGUCAGUUGAGCGCUCAUUAUAUAGUGCUAUAGUGUUGGGAUGAUACACUAGGUACACGACUAAUUAUUAUUAAUAUUUGUAUUAACAAUUUCACGUCACCAUGUCGUUUCUGGAUAUCGUUUCGAAGUUCAACCAACAAGCCGACAGCCAUUCGAAAUCGCAGUCUUUGAACCCGUUUUCGGAGCAGUUCGAACAGUCACGAUCGCCGUCGCCUCGAUUUUCCCGGGAAGAAUACGGAAAGCCUGUAGCGGGCUCUAAGACAGAUCUCAGGGGGCGCAGAGCAAAGUCGCACGUUUGCCGAGAGAUCUUGGAACUGUGCACCGUCAUACACGAUGUCGGCACCUACAACACGAAAAAGAGAGAUCCCGACGACGAGGACCAACAGAUCGACGACGGUACAAUUAUCGUCAGUUUUGGUGAACUCUUUCAGAUUUACACGAAAAUAUCGGACAAAGUAGUGGGUCUGUUGAUAGCGGCCAAACGCCGCGGUUUCGUGUAUUUCGAUCGGGAAAUACUUUUCCAAAGAAGAGAUGACGAUGUACUUAUUGCUCUGCUAAAGCCCAUUUCCGAAAUCAGCAAAAUAUUAAAAGAGGACAUAAAUCAAGCAAACUCGUUGGCACCUGUGGAGUCGAAGCCAGUGGAGAAAAAAAAAUCACCUUCAUCCAGUAAAACGAAACGAGUAAAACCUGAUGAUAAAAAAGAGCCAAACGAAAUAUCAACUAAUCAUUUGACGAUCGAUGACCAACCAAAUGUCAUAUCAUCAGAAGUUACAAAUGGCAAUGCACUCGUCGUAGAAAUUGGAAUCAACGACGACCGUAAACCGAAUUGUGACGAACUAAUAGACGUCAAAGUGUUUGACGUCGAAAACAUUGGGAAGGACGAUGACGAUCAUAAAGCAAACUGUAACGAACAAGUCGACGAUAAAUUCGUUGAAGGAGAAUUAGUUAAUAAUGUUAUUGCAAUUUCAGAAAAUAUGGAGAACCAAUGUAAUCAAGUAGAAGAUAACAUAUCGGAAGGAGUUAACGGUUUAAUUAUUGAUGACGAAACUGAGACGAAAGACAUCGAUGGUUCCGUUGAUGCGAUUGUUGAAAACAAAAGCGAAAUCUACGAUUUGGCAGCGGACGACAAUAGCGGCGUAGAGGGGGUGGAAGUCGAAAAUUUUCAAAGCGAAACGUACGUUGAGAUUAAUAAAACUCAUACGAACGACGGUCAAGUAGACGUGACAGAAGAAAGUACAAACGACAUCGUCAACGGUAGCGAAAAUAAUAUCAUCAAUAAAGAAACAGAACAUCACAAUAUGUGUUUUUAAUGAAAACCACCUACAGAAUUCGGAACAUCCGACUGAGAAAUGUCUACUUGGUACAUUUCUUAUAAAAAAAA